AUGUGGUGUUAAAUUUUAUCAAAAUGUAACAAAAAAUAAAAAAGUAUUUAACCAAUUAGUAAUUAAAAAAAAUUAAUUGAUUUGUUUGUGUUUCAUUUCUAUUUCUAAUAUCUUUAAAGAAAAAACAAUUAAAUAAUACUUUAUUUUUAGGAUUUGAUUAAGUAAACAAUUAUUUGUAAAAAAAUUAAUUACUUUCUGAAUUUUUUUCUAUCAAUGACUAAAAUUGUAUCUUAUAGACCAUGUGAAUCUCUAUCUGACUUAAUCGUAAAUGAUGAAUUUCGCUAUUAGCAGAAAGGUUAUCAUGUCAUAACUUCAGCAAUAAUGAUGUUUAGUUUUUUCUACUUUGUACCUGAUCUGUUGCAUACGUUUUGGAAAUUCAUCAUUCCACUUGGAUAUUGGAAAAACGUAUAUUUAGUACUUAACAUAAUAUUCCCACUGGUUAGUCAUCUAAUAAAUAAUCUCUUUUACUUUUUGAUAUAUCGUAUGAAGCAUCCUUUCUUAGAAAAAUACAGAAUUCUGCAACAACCUUGGCCUUGGGAAAAAAGUAAAGAAGAAUGGAUUCCAUUUAGAAAUCGUAUGAUCAAGUAUAUGUCUAUGAAUUUAAUUUUAAUAAAUAUUUCUCUGGUGGUGAUUGAGUAUCUUCAAGGUGUUGAUCAUUACAAUUAUGCUAUAGAAAACUUGCCUUCUAAAACAUAAUAUUUUCUGUAAAUAGUGUUUUUUAUGAUAGCUGAGGAUUUCUUCUUUUACUUCUCUCAUAGGUUCUUCCAUUGGAAGCCUAUGUACAAAUUUCAUAAAAUUCAUCAUGAGCAUUACAAUGCUUUUAGCUGCACAGUAGCUUACACUCAUCCUGUAGACUACUUUUUUGGAAGUGUCUUACCUUUUGUUAGUGGAUUUAAGAUAUUAGGUCACAGAAGCCACUUUUCUGUCUAUAUAUUUUGGUAAUUAUGGAGAAUCUUAGAAACCUAUGAUGGCCAUUGUGGAUACGAAUUCCCUUGGGCAAUGUUUAGAAUAUUCCCAUUCAGUGGAUCUUCUGACUAUCACAAUUUCCAUCACUCAAAAAACAUGGGAAAUUUCUCUUCAUUUUUUACAUAUCUUGACUCCAUUUUCAAAACAAACAAAGAUUACCUUUUGUUUAAAUAGUCUUAAAAAUAAAGUAAGACAUAAUGA